UGGGGGGGGGAACCUGGGCACUUCCGCUUCCGCCGGGGCCGCGGCCCGGAAGUGACGCGCGGCGGCGGGGGACGGUCGCGGCCGGGGCCAUGGGGGAGCCGAGCGACCUGGACCGGCAGAUCGAGCAGCUGCGCCGCUGCGAGCUCAUCAAGGAGAGCGAGGUGAAGGCCCUCUGCGCCAAAGCCAGGGAGAUUCUGGUGGAGGAGAGCAACGUCCAGCGGGUCGACUCGCCCGUGACGGUGUGCGGCGACAUCCACGGGCAGUUUUAUGACCUCAAGGAGCUUUUCCGGGUGGGGGGCGACGUCCCCGAGACCAACUACCUGUUCAUGGGCGACUUCGUGGACCGGGGCUUCUACAGCGUCGAGACCUUCCUGCUGCUCCUCGCCCUCAAGGUGCGCUACCCCGACCGCAUCACGCUGAUCCGGGGCAACCACGAGAGCCGGCAGAUCACGCAGGUGUACGGCUUCUACGACGAGUGUCUGCGCAAGUACGGCUCCGUCACCGUCUGGCGCUACUGCACCGAGAUCUUCGACUACCUCAGCCUCUCCGCCAUCAUCGACGGCAAGAUCUUCUGCGUGCACGGGGGCCUCUCGCCCUCCAUCCAGACGCUGGACCAGAUCCGCACCAUCGACCGCAAGCAGGAGGUGCCCCACGACGGCCCCAUGUGCGACCUGCUCUGGUCCGACCCCGAAGACACCACGGGCUGGGGCGUGUCCCCGCGGGGCGCCGGGUACCUCUUCGGCAGCGACGUGGUGGCCCAGUUCAACGCGGCCAACGACAUCGACAUGAUCUGCCGCGCCCACCAGCUCGUCAUGGAGGGCUACAAGUGGCACUUCGGCGAGACCGUCCUCACCGUCUGGUCGGCCCCCAACUACUGCUACCGGUGCGGCAACGUGGCGGCCAUCUUGGAGCUGGACGAGCACCUGCAGAAGGAGUUCAUCAUCUUCGAGGCGGCGCCGCAGGAGACCCGGGGCAUCCCCUCCAAGAAGCCCGUGGCCGACUACUUCCUGUGAGCCGCCCGCCCACGCGUGACGCCCGCCCACGCGUGACGCCCGCCCACCCGUGGCCCGGUGGCACCCACACGCGUGGCCUGACGGCGCCCCGGCUCGUGGCCUGCCACCGCGUUGCCCCACGGAGGCACCUGGGUCCUCCCUGGGGUGUGGGGACACGCGUGGGCCGGGCCACAUCAGCCUCGGACACGCGUGGCGCGUGCCACGUCACCCGGGGACACGCGUGGGCCAUGCUGUGUUGCCUGGGGACACGCAUGGCACGUGCCAUGUUGCCCUGGGACACGCGUGGGCCGGGCCACGUCGCCCUGUGACACGUGUGGCCCGUGCUGGGUUGCUCAGGGGACACGUGUGGCCCUCUCAUGUCUCCCGGGGACACGUGUGGCCCCUCCUGUGUUGCCUCAGGACACACGUGUCCCCUCCCAUGUCGCUCUGGGGACACGUGUGGCCCUCUGAAAUGGCCCAGGGACACGUGUGUCCCCUCCCGUGUUGCCCAGGGACACGUGUGACCCUCUCAUGUCGCCUGGGGAUGCGUGUGUCCCCUCCCAUGUCACCCUGGGGACACGUGUGGCCCAUGCCGUGUCACCCAGGGACACGUAUGACCCUUUCCUGUAGCCUGGGGACACACGUGUCCCCUCCCGUGUCACUCUGGGACACACGUGUCCCUUCCUGUGUCAUCCCCCAGGGUCACACGUGUCCUGUCCCGUGUUGCCUGGGGAUGUGUGUCCCCUCCCGUGUCGCCCAGGGACACAUGUGUCCCCUCCCAUGUCACCCAGGGACACGCGUGUCUCCUCCUGUGUCGCCUGGGGACAUGCGUGUCCCCUCCCGUGUUGCUCUGGGUCACGCGUGUCCCAUCCCAUGUUGCUUGGGGGACACGUGUCCCCUCCCAUGUCACUUGGGGACACGCGUUACCCUCUCAUAUUGCCUGAGGACACGCGUGUCCCCUCCCAUGUCGUCCCCCGGGGUCACGCGUGUCCCCUCCCGUGUCCCCCGGGGUCACGCGUGUCCCCUCCAUGUCACUUGGGGACACAUGUGACCCUCCCGUGUCCCCCGGGGUCACACGUGUCCCCUCCAUGUCACUUGGGGACACAUGUGACCCUCCCGUGUCCCCUGGGGUCACACGUGUCCCCUCCAUGUCACUUGGGGACACAUGUGACCCUCCCGUGUCCCCCGGGGUCACGCGUGUCCCCUCCAUGUCACUUGGGGACACAUGUGACCCUCCCGUGUCCCCCGGGGUCACGCGUGUCCCCUCCCGUGUCGUCCCCCGGGGGACCCGCGUGAGCCCCCUCCCCCCCCGGCGCGCGUUUUGGGGUGAAACCGGGGGGUUUUGGGGUUCCGUACGUUUUUGUUUUCCGGACGCUCUUUCUGCUCCUUUUAGAUAAAAAAAAAAAAAAGAAAAAAAGAGGGAAAAAAAAACCGCAAAAAUCCGCAAAAUUGUAAUAAAAACAGCAAAAAAAAAGCACAGAAA